AUGACAAAGAUAACGGUCCAUCGGCGAGGAAUCCGUGCUCGGCCCCAGACGAGAACAGACCUCUCCUUACCAGCCACAGAUUUCUCGGAAUCAUACUCAGCCGUGUUCCAGAUCGAUGGACAUCGAUACAUAAUAUAUGGCCUAGCUAACAAGGCAGUGACGAUACCAUACCAUUCUCGACCAUCGUUGGUUUCAGUGAUCCAUCUGAGCAACAAUCAAACGGUGGAGAGAGAAUUCCUGCGCCAGAAAAUCCAGGAGUAUCAGUCCGAGGAUGAUGUUUUCCACUUCAAAUUCCUCCAGGGCGUGAUUUUCACUGUCGCCAUACAUGACAGACCGGAGAAGCUCAUUUCACCAGACGCUCUGGCCCUCCUCAAAUUGUGGGGAAACGAGUGGUGCGAAGCGCUGGACGGCGAGAAUGAGAAAUCCCUUCCAGCUCCCGGAGUCUAUUUUGCCUCGCGUAACCGAUUGCUGCCGGUUUACAAGCUUUAUGAUGAUCACCAGGGGGCGUUCCUAACAUCGUUGAUCCCCUCGGCCCAAAGUCCACACACUCCCAUCAAAAUUGCGGGUAAGGAAAUGCAGACCGGGGUUGUUGCUGUGCCUUCUCGCCUUCAAAAGCGUCCGACUCGGUCACAGCCCUUGCUUGGUCUCAGAAUUGCCGUCAAGGACAAUUUCCAGAUUGAAGGAAUACGAGCGUCACUGGGUAGUCGGGCAUAUUACGACCUUUAUCCGCCGCCCGAUCGGACUGCCUGCUGCAUUGCAAAGCUGGAGAAGGGAGGAGCCUAUAUCCUUGGUACCACCAAAAUGUCCUCUUUUGCCGCGACCGAAGAACCCGUUGAAUGCAUUGAUUAUCAAGCGCCGUGGAAUCCCCGCGCAGAUGAGUAUCAGUCCCCCGCAGGAAGUAGCAGCGGGAGUGCCGCUGCGAUUUCUUCAUACAAAUGGCUCGAUAUUGCCAUCGGAUCUGACAGUAACGGCAGCGGACGACGACCCGCUCAUUGGAGUGGUUGCUUCGCGCUUCGACCUUCGCACGGAGUCCUCGACGCGGAAGGUUUUGUUCCAAGCUUUCGGCUAUUCGACACUCCGACCUUCUUUGGCCGUGACAUCCAUAAAUGUAGAGCUUUCGCUGCCGCUUGGUAUGGCGAGAAUCUGCCGAAUCCUAUUCCUAAUCUUCCUCUCAAAAUCAUCGUCGCCACCGACUACCUGAACGUAAUCGCCAACCGCGCUCAACUCGAAGUGAUCGAAAAGUUUGUGAAAGAUCUCGAACAGUCGCUCGGCGUUCAGCGUCAGAAUGUAUCUUUUGAUGAGUCGUGGGACUCCUCACCGCCCGUAGAAGCAGAAGGACAGGUUCUGAGUGACUUUAUGAAACAUGCAUGUCGCAACUCUUUCUUUCACGAUGACUACCACAGUCUCGACAGUUUCCGGGAAGAUUACUCUGAGAAGUACUCUAAGAUGCCAUACGUCAGUCCUCCAGUACGCAAGCAGUGGGACUUGUCUUCGAAGAUAUCAACAGAAGAACGAAAUGAGGCUGUUCGCAGAUUGGCGGUGUACAAAGAUUGGUUCGCUCGAGAGAUCUUGGAACUUGGUCGGAAGACAACCUUAGUGAUACUCCCUAUUGAAAACAUGUCGCCUAGAUACAGAGAUGAAGCGACAACCAAUUUCGACCCAGUUGGUGUUCCCAUGUUGUUCUUAUCUCCCAUAUUGGGCGGACCAGAGCUAGUUGUUCCAGCAGGACAAGUGCCGUAUCUUACGCGCGGGACGGAUUUGAAGCUGCUGGAUGUCGCCGCGAAUUGCUUGGAGCAGUCUGCGCGUCCAACAGAAGUGGCGGUUGGUAAGACGAUGUUUUGA